ACACCAGGUGCUCCCGCUGUCAUUCUCUCUCUUUCCAACAUGUCGGUGUUCGGACCCGUGGUGAAGAUCCACCCGGUGGUUUUAGCCUCGAUCUGCGACUCGUACGAGCGCAGAAACGAGGGGGCGAGCAGGGUCAUCGGGACUUUGCUUGGAACCAUUGACAAACACUCUAUUGAAGUGACCAACUGCUUCUCUGUGCCCCACAAUGAGUCCGAGGAUGAGGUUGCUGUGGACAUGGAGUUUGCCAAAAACAUGUAUGAGCUCCACAAGAGAGUCUCUCCCACUGAGGUCAUCAUUGGUUGGUAUGCCACAGGCUUUGACAUCACAGAACACUCUGUGCUCAUUCAUGAGUAUUACAGCCGCGAGGCCACAAACCCCAUUCACCUGACGGUCGACUCUGCGCUUCAGAGUGGCAAGAUGAACAUCCGCGCCUACGUCAGUGCUCAGAUGGGAGUUCCAGGGAAGACCGUUGGAGUGAUGUUCACGCCUCUCACAGUGAAGUACAUCUACUACGACACAGAGAGGAUUGGAGUGGACCUUCUUCAGAGGACGCGUCUGGCUCCCUCCCGCACAAAAGGUUUGACCUCUGACCUCUCUCAGGUGGCAGGUGCAGCUGCGCGGGUCCAGGACAUGCUCACGACGGUGCUGGCUUACAUCGAGGACGUGCUGUCUGGGAAGGUGGCAGCAGAUAACUGUGUGGGCCGUUUCCUCAUGGACCUGGUGAAUAAAGUACCUACCAUCUCAGCGGAGGACUUUGAGAACAUGCUCAACUCUAAUAUUAAUGACCUGUUGAUGGUGACAUACCUGUCAAACCUCACCCAGGCUCAGAUCGCUCUCAACGAGAAGCUGGUUUUGCUCUGAAGAAAUUCUGUAGUAUUUAAUUUUGUACAAUUUGUUUUUGGCUGCCAUAAAGAAUAAAAAGGUAAACCAAC